ACACCCCUGUGUGUACCGCCAGAACAGAGAGCAGCAUUUAGUCAUUCGGCAUAAAAGCUCAGCACUCGCUUGUCUUUAGAGGAACUGUCGGAUGGUAGUUGAGUGUGUCCCGCGAAUCGGGCGGAACCUGCGUUUGGCUUUUUGUUCUUUUUUUGCGUUCGUGGCUCCCGGACAGUUUUACGCACAGAUUUGUAACGCUCAAGAAGGACAAUGCCUCGAUCUUUCUUGGUCAAAAAGUAUUUUGCCAAACAAAAGCCAAACUACAGUGAACUGGAAUGUCAGAAUGACACGUCACCGGAGAGGUAUCCUCUGGCUGAGCUCCCAUCAGGAGACAACUCCACGUCCACCUGCUUCGCCACAGGUCUGCUGUGGGACCUGAGUGUCUUGCCAGCCCUCUACCUGUCCACCUCCCAAACACAAGCCUCCGCGGCUCCGGGCCCGCUGGACCUCAGUUCCCCCUGCAGCCUCAGCAGCAGCGCCAGCAGCAGCGGGGAGGAGGACGAAGGGCGCACCUCGGACCCCCCCAGCCCGGAACCCGCACUCACGUACGCACCCCGCCAGCGAAUGAAAUGCACUGGCGUGUUGGCGCACACCAGUCCCCCGGAGGAGGACGAGAGGGAGACCCCGGUCACUGCGGCCAGGCCGGCCUUCCUCUGCAAACACUGUCCCAAAGAGUACACCAGUCUUGGGGCUCUGAAGAUGCACAUCCGGUCGCACACGUUGCCGUGCGUAUGUACCACGUGUGGAAAGGCCUUCUCCCGGCCCUGGCUGCUGCGAGGCCACAUCCGCACACACACAGGUGAGCGCCCGUUCUCCUGUCCACACUGCAACCGGGCCUUUGCUGACCGCUCCAACCUGCGUGCUCACCUGCAGACCCACGCCGAGGUGAAGAAGUACCAGUGCAGCGUCUGCUCGCGGACCUUCAGCCGCAUGUCGUUGCUGCAGAAACACAGCUCCUCAGGGUGCUGCUCGGCCACAGUUUGAGACGACACGAGGAGAGAGGAGGACCCACUCAGAGCUCAGGGCGGUGGAGGGACGAUGGCCACACAGGAGUCCACACAAACCCUGCAGGCCUGCUGAUGGCCUGCAACCCUGACACAGAGACACGGCCUGCUUUGAGAGACCUCGAGGGAAUCCAAUCAUGUGGAUCCAAAUUUAACAAGCCUCUUCUCUGCUCUGCAAAAAGAUCAAAGGAGCAGUGUUUUUUUAUUUUUACUUUGAAUUCCAUUGUAGAUUGAUUUCUUGAGGCUGGACCAAAUCUGAACUGAGCAUCGCUGACACGUGCUUCAUAUCAGCCCCGUUCUUAUUAAUGUUCUCAUUCCAGAGAGACCACAUGUGUAAUGUGAACUGAUGAGGAUAUGCGGUGUUCUAACCCGUCCCUGUCCUGGUGCCGGCCAGCUCAGGAUCAGGGCCGAGACACAGCUGCUGAGAGGUAGGGGAGCGUGGGCGGAGAAAAUCUCUCAGCAUGCCUCAAAUCAUCCACACACACGCACACACACACACACACAGACGUAUGCACACACAGCUGUCCCUGGUACUGUGGUGUAGAUAGACGAGGUGCUAACAGGUGCUGCAGCCGUGACCUUCGCUGGCUGAUAGCAGGUGACUUCCACUGCCCUUGGUUUGCUUAAGAAAAAAGAGGAAGUGUGUCACCACAAAAGAAUGGCACCAGUUACUUCUUUUUUCCUGUCUUGUUUUCAUCUGCAGGGAUCAUUUUAAGCCUUGGUUUUGACAACAUCUAAAUCUCCUUUGUAAUCCGAUGAAUUUAAGAGAUCUAAAAAGCCAUUCUUUUCUUAUUUUUAUUUUUGCAAAGAACUCUGACUUUGCAGCUCCUCUGUAAUGUGGAGGAUGAUAAAAGCCAUGCACUCAAGGUUACAACAGUGUUAAUAAUACCAGCCAAAGCCAAUUUUUGUGAGUUAUUUGCAUUUAUGCCUUGAAAUUUUUACGAAACCAAAAAGUGCCUUUUUUUUACCUCAGUAAUUGUGAUUUUGAGAAACAUUUAUUGCAGUAUUAAUAGAAAUUAGCACCCAAUAGUUUGAAAUUCAGGAAGGGUGGGACCAAAGACUCUUUAAAGUUUACACCAUGGAUGCAUGGUUACUUAUAGAAUGAUGAAUUAUUAAUAUUUUUUUUUUACUUUCUGAAAAAUAUUAUGGCAGUGUUUUAUAGUGCAAUGUCCAGAUGUGUUAUUUCAAUUUUAUAUCAUGCUUGUGUGUUCACUUCUGUUUGUUGCAACUGAUAAAGUUUCAUUCAAUAAAGUAAUUUAUGUUUAUUAAAA